AUGGCUCUCUCCCAAGCCACUGCCGCCUGGGAAUGGGACAAAUCGGGCUACUGGAACGACCGACAACGCACGCUAUGCUCCGGUGGUGGCCAGACACUCAUCAAAUACGAGACCGUCACCGGCUUCUUCCUCCAGGAUCAGCCCGAUACUGAUUCCAAGAAGUUCGACUAUGCCAAGAACAACUUUGGUCUGAUGAACCGCACCUACGAGACAGAUGCCCGGUUCGACCCAAGCGGUGUCAAGACUCAGUGGCAGCGCUUCGCAUACUACGUCAACACCCUGAACCAGGAGGCCGACCCGCGCACCCAGUACAAGGUGCUCUUCAUGGGCCGUCACGGCGAGGGAUAUCACAAUGCCGCCGAGAGCUACUACGGCACUCCCGCCUGGAACUGCUACUACGCCGAGCUGGACGGCAACGGCACCGUGACCUGGGCCGACGCCCGUGUCACCGAGGCCGGUGCCGCCGAGGCCGUCAAGGCGCACAACUUUUGGGCCUCGCAGCUGGCUGCCCAGGGCCAGCCCGCCAUCCAGAGCUACUACACCAGCCCCUUGACUCGCUGCCUGCAGACAGCCAACCUCACCUUCAGCGGUCUGGACCUGCCUGCUGAGUCCCCGUUCGUCCCCACCGUCAAGGAGUUCCUCCGCGAGGAUAUCAGCAUACAUACCUGCGAUCGUCGUUCAAGCAAGACGUACAUCCAAACCUCGUUCCCGACCUUCAAGAUUGAGGCCGGAUUCACGGAGCUGGAUGAACUGUGGAGGGGUACCGAAGGCGAGCCCGAAGCUGCCCAGGCUAUUCGCAGCAAGGCUCUGCUCGACGACAUCUUCAGCCAUGAUGACAAUACCUGGCUCAGCUUCACAAGCCACAGCGGCCAAAUUCGCAGCAUCCUGAGCGUCCUGGGCCACCGUUCCUUCAGCUUGUCCACCGGCCAAGUCAUCCCCGUGCUGGUCAAGGCCCAGAACUUCCGCAACGAGACGGCCACUACUACGUCAGUCGCUUGGGAAGCGGAAGCCACAUGCCAUAGCCCACCCGUGACCAGCUUGAGCAAUGGCGGCUGUGUGUGCUCCAGCACAACGGUUGCGACGAAUACCGCCACUGCCACGCCGUAG